AGCCCGCACGCCGCCCGGGGACGAAGCCGCCGGCAGGCGCGGGAAGGCGAGCGCAGCUGUUGCCCGGCCCCGCGCGCCCCUGCCCGCGGGCUCCGGGUGUCCGCGGGGCGGCGCCGCGGAACAUGACGGCGCCCUGGGCGGCCCUCGCCCUCCUCUGGGGAUCGCUGUGCGCGGGCUCUGGGCGCGGCGAGGCCGAGACGCGGGAGUGCAUCUACUACAACGCCAACUGGGAGCUGGAGCGCACCAACCAGAGCGGCCUGGAGCGCUGCGAGGGCGAGCGGGACAAGCGGCUGCACUGCUACGCCUCCUGGCGCAACAGCUCCGGCACCAUCGAGCUCGUCAAGAAGGGCUGCUGGCUGGACGACUUCAACUGCUACGACAGGCAGGAGUGCGUGGCCACCGAGGAGAACCCCCAGGUGUACUUCUGCUGCUGCGAAGGCAACUUCUGCAACGAGCGCUUCACCCACCUGCCAGAGGCCGGCGGCCCGGAAGUCACGUACGAGCCACCCCCGACAGCCCCCACCCUGCUCACGGUGCUGGCCUACUCGCUGCUGCCCAUCGGGGGCCUGUCCCUCCUUGUCCUGCUGGCCUUCUGGAUAUACCGGCAUCGCAAGCCUCCCUACGGCCACGUGGACGUCCAUGAGGACCCCGCGCCUCCCCCGCCGUCCCCUCUGGUGGGGCUGAAGCCGCUGCAGCUGCUGGAGGUCAAGGCCCGGGGGCGCUUUGGCUGUGUCUGGAAGGCCCAGCUCAUGAACGACUUCGUGGCCGUCAAGAUCUUCCCGCUCCAGGACAAGCAGUCGUGGCAGAGUGAGCGGGAGAUCUUCAGCACGCCCGGCAUGAGGCACGAGAACCUGCUGCAGUUCAUCGCUGCGGAGAAGCGAGGCUCCAGCCUGGAGGUGGAGCUGUGGCUCAUCACGGCCUUCCACGACAAGGGCUCCCUCACGGAUUACCUCAAGGGGAACAUCAUCACGUGGAAUGAACUGUGUCACGUGGCAGAGACGAUGUCACGAGGCCUCUCGUACCUGCACGAGGACGUGCCCUGGUGCCGUGGUGAGGGCCACAAGCCGUCUAUUGCCCACAGGGACUUCAAGAGCAAGAAUGUACUGCUGAAGAGCGACCUCACGGCCGUGCUGGCCGACUUCGGCCUGGCCGUUCGGUUUGAGCCGGGAAAACCCCCAGGGGAUACACAUGGGCAGGUGGGCACGAGACGGUACAUGGCCCCUGAGGUGCUGGAGGGAGCCAUCAACUUCCAGAGAGACGCCUUCCUGCGCAUCGACAUGUACGCCAUGGGGCUGGUGCUGUGGGAGCUGGUGUCCCGCUGCAAGGCUGCCGACGGACCUGUGGACGAGUACAUGCUGCCCUUCGAGGAGGAGAUCGGCCAGCACCCCUCCCUGGAGGAGCUGCAGGAGGUGGUUGUGCACAAGAAGAUGAGGCCCGCCAUUAAGGAUCACUGGCUGAAGCACCCGGGCCUGGCCCAGCUCUGUGUGACCAUCGAGGAGUGCUGGGACCACGACGCGGAGGCGCGCCUGUCUGCGGGCUGCGUGGAGGAGCGGGUGUCCCUGAUGCGCAGGUCCGUCAACGGCACUACCUCGGACUGCCUCGUCUCCCUGGUGACCUCCGUCACCAACGUGGACCUGCCUCCGAAAGAGUCGAGCAUCUGAGCCCGGGCGCGGGUGGCGCGAAGAGGAAAGGAAGAGACGUUGUGUUUUGUUUUGGAAAUCCCAUAAAACCAACACACACGAGAUGCAGCUGCUAUUUCCCUUGACUUUUUAUUAUUGUUAUAUUAUUAUAAUUAUUAUUAUUAAUGUUAUUUUUGGAUUGGAUCAGUUUUUACCAGCAUCUUGCUCUACUGUACGCACGCAGCGGACACGUCACACGUCAGCAGGCGCAUGGAGGUGCUGAGCUGUGGAUGCAGAGCCAGCGCCCUGCUGAGGAGCCUCGGCCGCCGCCUGUCCCGCUCCCGUCUGGGUCUCAGAAUCUGUGACACAGACACCCAGCUCCUGUCUUAGGAAAUCUAAUGCUGCAAACUCUACCUAGAGGACCUUGAAGACUGUUACAUAAGCGCACCCCUCCUCCGGGGCGGAGGGCCCGUGCCCCGCCCCGCCCCGGCCUGCCCUGCCCUGCCCGGUUCGGUUCGGUUUCUCCCUCCUGAGACGUGAGCUUCAGAAAGCAGCCGUGUCUGCCCUGGAUCUCACGGCGGGGGGUGCUGACCGUGGGAACACUGGCACGAGGACGCGGCUGGCGGGAGGCCCGUGUGGGGGUGGGGUUGGCACAGAGCUACACUGGACUCGGGCACACAGCAGCGACCCUGCUGCGGAGGCUACUUCUCAGGUAACCAGGGACCGAGGGCGAGGACGGCCAGGCGGGCUCGGGGCGGCUCUGGGGGCAGGGCCAGCUCCUCCCUGCUGGCGGCCGCCCAGUGUCCUCCCACUCGCUGGGGCUGGGCCGGAGCGCGGGACAGUGUUCCUGCCCUGACUGAAGUGGGCGAGGGUAGGAAUGAUCCGACAGGUGAUGCGUUCUUCCCCCGGCGGACCGGUCAGGGAGACGCCCGGGGCGUCCUGGGAGCUGGGGCGGGCGCUGUCCCGCCGCUCUGCCUGUGCCCCUUGCUGGCUCGUGGACACAGCUUUCUCCAGACCCCUGCAAGUGGUGCAUACACUGAGAACUGUUUCCUGUUCGCCAUAACCUUGCUGUAGUCAGUGAGCGUCCCUAAUGCUGCUGCUCCAACAGUGGACUUUCCUAAUUUAUGAAACACGCUGAUUUUUUCCCAACAAGGCACAUGCAUCCACAUGUACACACAUGCUUCG